CGUGCAUAAAUUAUGCUACCAGAAAAAGUGUCUACCCGUGGCCACAUUCGGAUGGUUUUUGGGGGCAGCAAUUGUGUCGCCGAACUGUGGGGAGGGCUGUGUGCUUUAUAAACGGGGACGGGUUUUGCAUAUUUUGCUAGGUUAACGAAUUGCAGUGGUGUUUUGCGUCCGAAUGAUGCAAAUGCAAGUGCACAACGGUAGCAUUUUGACAGCACGGUCCUAUCUAUCCUAUCGAUAUUGUUUGACCCGUUAUCAUUGAAUCGAUCUUGUGCUCUUUUAUUUUUCACCCUUUCGUCCAGUCUAGUUGCCGUUUUGCCGUGGAGAUGUGUUCGAGCGUAAUUGUGCCGAAAAGCAAGUGAGCGAAGCUAAGGUGUGCGUACUGUAUACAUGCGUGCGUGUGUGCGUACGUGUUGUGUGCAGUGGGUUUUCCCCCCGUUUUUGGAGCAGCACCGUUUCAUUUUGGCUGGUGGUGUACUGUAGUGUGCGUGAGUGUGUGUGUUGCGUGUAUGUGUGAAGCGCAGAAACCGUAUGUGUGUCCCCUCUCCCCGUUGUGUUGACGUAGCGGUGAUUUCCCUCGACACGGUGCGCUUUCAACCACUUUUGCUGUUGCUGCUGCUAGUGCUGGAAAAACGGAAAAUUGCCUAAAAAUCGUUCCGGAGUGGAUUUGUUGUGUGUGUGUUGCCGUUGCUUUUGUGUGAGCCGUCAGCAUUCGUGGAGUCCAAUUGAGCGUUAAAAACACCGAAAGCUAGCUACGGAAUAUGGUGCACUGAAGGCAAGCGGAUAGGUGGUUGAGGUGCACACUAGACGGUGAUAAACACACGUGUGUGUGUGCAUCCGUACGGGUAAAUCAACAACCAACAGCAAGCGUGUGCAUUCACAAGCACCCUUAACUUAUCGGACAAACCAUUCAAAAUUCUAUCUGAUUCAACAUGGGGAAACUGCUGUCGAAAAUUUUCGGCAACAAGGAAAUGCGAAUCCUGAUGCUUGGUCUUGAUGCUGCCGGAAAAACUACUAUACUGUAUAAGCUAAAGUUAGGUCAAUCGGUAACCACAAUUCCAACGGUCGGCUUCAACGUCGAAACCGUAACGUAUAAGAACGUCAAAUUCAACGUGUGGGACGUUGGUGGACAGGACAAAAUACGACCGCUCUGGAGGCACUACUAUACGGGUACUCAAGGACUAAUUUUUGUGGUAGAUUGUGCGGAUCGCGAUCGGAUAGAUGAAGCGCGGCAGGAACUGCAUCGGAUAAUAAACGAUCGCGAAAUGCGGGAUGCGAUCAUACUGAUAUUUGCAAACAAGCAAGACCUGCCAGAAGCAAUGAAACCUCACGAAAUUCAGGAAAAGCUUGGAUUGACGCGAAUACGCGACCGGAACUGGUACGUGCAGCCUUCCUGUGCCACCACCGGCGACGGUUUGUACGAGGGACUGACGUGGCUAACGUCCAACCACAAAUUAUGAGAAUAAUUGUAAGCAACGCACCGGACGGCAAGUGGACCGGGCCGUGAUCGAAGUCGUCGCCUAGCAAGAACAUCCACAAUAUAUUUAAAACGUACGAUGCAGCAAAGUAAAAGAAAGUCCUUCUCCUCCUGCUCCCCUUCUCACUGUUCUCAUCAAUUGUCUCCUUCAUUCCUUCGCUCACCGAGGAAGGGGGGCGUACCUUGCCGCUUGUUGGUGAAAAGGAAACAUGAUCCUUAUCGUAUAACACAGUAGGACAAAUAGAGUAGAUUUGUGCAGCAAGUUGGGUGAAAGGUGCCGAUAAUGAGAUGCAGAAACAAAGCUGUGCAGUAGGGAGAGGAGAGUACAAAAACACUCACAUGUAUCGGUGUGUUGGCAAAUAGUGCACACACGGCGCGCCUAGAUACAGUGCUAGGACACAAACCUAAGGCUAAGCUCGUUCUCUCACCCAUCGUCACCAACUUUUUCGCGCAGGAUAGGUAUAGCAGGAAUGUUGUUAUGCGACACAAACGUAGCGCGUACGACAAGUGUGCGUAAGAAGGGUAUAAAUUAUCUAAUUCUAAUCUAUGAAAUUGAUCCAACGGGAGAGGAAGUAAUGUUAAACGCGAUCUUCUCUUUAAAAACAAAAUUAAUGGAAAGUUCGUAAGAAAGCAUCGUUGCAAAAGUAAGAAACAUACAACAAAUUUCAACUAUGUCUUUGCAUACAUACACACACACAACUAUGUAUGUAAAUAUAUAUACAGUAAAUAAGCGUAGUCCAAUGUGUAAUGCUUGUUAGUGGUGCCCUUUGCCGUGAUGGUAAAAGCGUCCGUUAUGUCCGUGAAAAAAAAACAAGAGCAAAGACAGUGCAGUGCUGAAGAACCGACCCAUACUGUAAGCGCUAAAUCAUAACUAAUUGCACACGCUCUGUUGUAGUGUUUACCUAAUUGCCUAAUUCAAACGACCGUAACGCAUUCAAACCCCUCGCCUCCCCGUCCUUGUAGAUUUCUGCCACUGGGAAUCAUUACAAAAGGAAUGUUAAUUUUGUUUUGUUUUGUGCACUUUGGCAAGAAAAUUACAACAGUGAGAACGUCAAAACUGUAGUACGAAUCAUCAAUUAUGAUUGCUAACAUUUUUAAUUCAUUACUUUGAUUUGAUUGUCGUUGAUAUGUCGGCAUUGUCAACGUAACGCUGAAAAAAAAUCAUCUCAACUCUAUUAGACAACAGUGCACUUCGAACUUGUACAUCCGUUCUUCCCAUUUCGGUUCUACGUAGGCUUGAUGUCUGAAUUUAUUAGGCACCGAUUAGAGCGUGGAAACGUUUCUUGAUUCCAUCGCAUUUCUUAAAAGCAUGUUUUGGUUUUUAGCGUGGUUAAUGUAAUUAAUUGUAUCUACCCAUAGCAAGCCUCUCCUUUCGUGAUGGGAAACUAGCGGAAACGGAAAUUGAAAAAACACCACAGUAGAAAUCACUUGUACACGUCGUAUUACUAAUACGUGAGGUACAUUUAAUAUAAUAGUAACAAAAUGUUGAAUUACAUCGAGUGUUUAGUUUGGGGUCACAAUGAUAAUGGUACACUGGAACGCUUGUGUGCGUGUGUGCGAUAAUUAGGCGAUGAAGCGCUCGUACAGAGGAACUGAGUACCAACCUGUGGUAUUUGGAUGACCAACAGCUUGAGUUUGUGUUGCUUGUUUUGCCAAAUAAAGCGUUAUGAUAGGAAUCAAAUGGCCGGCAAAUGGGUGGAUUCCAUUGCUUUGCCACAAAUCAACAUAACUAUAUAUAUUUAACAACAAAAACAAAAAUUCAAUCGUAAACGUGAAGCAACGAUAGGAUGCUGUUAGUGCCGAGCAAGAAUGAAAACGAUCAGCAUAAAGUAGGUAACAAAAGGGAAAACAAUGAUCGGCAAAAGAAGCCCGUUCGUUGACUGUUGAAUGUUCAUUUAAUCUGUAUAUACACAGUUACAAUAAAGUACAUCCCGGUGCAAAGUGUCGACAGUAUAGUGGCGAAAGCGCAACACAAAGAUCAUUUGCUUUUGAGGGACAAAACAAUCGAAAUAAGCGAACAGCUACGCAAAUGAGCAGUAAACAUUCACGCAUAAACAACAGCUGCACUCGCGCUGCAUUCACCCUAACGAGAAACAGCCUUUAUUUACGUUACGCGACAUAGGAAUGUAUUCGACGAUUGUGUACAUUUCUACCGAGAACAGUUUGGUAGAUAAAUUUCGAUCAUUGAUAAGGGAUAGGUAUAGUGAAAGUGUGGAAAAUCCAAAAGCAGCAGCGAUCUACAUGAACGAAGAAGCGGUGAUAACAUAGGACACGAAAGCGAAGGACGGAGAAGCGAUCAGUACUCACGCCUACAAGCAGCGAGGAACGGUUAGAUUAGAAGUGAGAAUUAGAAACUUGAUAACUGUCGGAAAAGAACUAUGUUUUAUUAUUUCUGCCUGUGAGAGACGAACGUUUGUAAAUAUUAUUGUACGGUAAAAGAGUAAUAAAAACAAAGCAACUAAUUGAUACUAUGUAAGAAUAACAGAAUAAACGAAUGGGAAACAAAAACGAAA